AUUAUCUCCUUCGGGCAAAGAGCACAUCUACUUCCCGCUUUCUAGGUCGAGCUUGUACCACUGAACCCAACAACAUGCUCCUUCAAUCCUCCCUGCACCAUCAAAACGUAUCUCUUUCAUCGUCUCUAUGUUACGCUCGACCCCUUCCUCUGAAAAUUUCCACUUGCACACUUCGACAAUCCGUAUGUUUCCAGAGACUCUCCAUCAGAUGCUCAAUCUCUAAAGUUCAUAGCUACGGAACUCUGGACUAUGAGCGAAGACCCAUUGUGAGAUGGAACGAUGUGUACAGGAGAAUAUCGUUGAUGAAAAACCCAGAGUUGGGUUCUGCGAGUGUGUUGAAUCAGUGGGAGAAUGAAGGGAAGACUCUCACAAAAUGGGAGCUUUGUAGAGUGGUGAAAGAAUUGAGGAAAUACAAGAAGCAUGACCGAGCUCUUGAGGUAUAUGAAUGGAUGAACAACAGGGGGGAGAGGUUUAGACUAUCUGCAAGUGAUGCUGCAAUUCAAUUAGAUCUUAUUUCCAAAGUUCGUGGAGUUUCUACUGCUGAAGAAUAUUUUCUUAAGUUGCCUGAUAAAUUAAAAGAGAGGAGGACGUAUGGGGCUCUUUUGAAUGCCUAUGUACGUUAUAAGAUGAAAGAAAAGGCAGAAUCGUUGCUUGACACCAUGAGGAGUAAAGAAUAUGCAACUCAUUCACUUCCAUUUAAUGUAAUGAUGACUCUGUACAUGAACCUAAAGGAAUAUGAUAAGGUUGACUUGAUGGUUUCAGAAAUGAUGGAGAAAAACAUACAGUUAGAUAUAUAUUCAUAUAAUAUCUGGUUAUCUUCUUGUGGAUCACAAGGAUCAUCAGAAAAGAUGGAACAAGUCUUUGAGCAGAUGGUGAAGGAUAAGUCCAUUAUUCCAAACUGGACUACGUUCAGCACACUAGCUACAAUGUACAUUAAGAUGGAUCUGCUGGAAAAGGCUGAAGAGAGCUUAAGAAAAGUUGAGAGUCGAAUCAGAGGUCGAGAUAGGAUACCUUAUCAUUACCUCCUGAGUUUAUAUGGAAGUGUUGGUAAAAAGGAGGAGGUUUAUCGUAUGUGGAAUACCUAUAAAUCGGUUUUCCCCACUAUUCCAAACUUGGGGUAUCAUGCUAUUAUUUCUUCUCUGGUUAGGAUAGGUGAUAUUGAAGGUGCGGAAAAACUCUAUGAGGAAUGGCUUUCUGUGAAAACAUCUUAUGAUGCUAGAAUAGGAAAUCUUCUCCUAGCGUGGCAUGUGAAGAAUGGAAAUAUAGAUAAAGCUCAGGAUUUCUUUAAACAUAUGCUUGAUGUUGACGGGAAACCGAAUUCAAGUACAUGGGAGAUUCUUGCUGAGGGGCAUAUUAGAGAAAGGAAGGUUUCUGAGGCCUUGUCUUGCUUUAAGGAAGCUUUCAUGGAGGAGGGUUCAAAGAGCUGGAAGCCAAAGCCUGUGAAUGUUUCUGCAUACUUCAAGCUCUGUCAAGAUGAAAAUGACACGGCAAGCUCCGAAGUGUUAAUUGAAUUGUUGCGACAAUCAGGACUUCAUAAUGAUAAAGUUUAUGCAUCACUCAUAGGAUUAUCUGAUAUAGCAGAAAAUAACAAUGACAAUGAGAACACAGAUGAUGGUUCCCAGACUCUUCUCAACCAGCUGGAGGAUAACCUUUGAAUUAAUACUCACAUUUUCUUUUUAUCUUUUUUCCUAUGGGGUGAAAAGCGCAAUGCUAGAGUAUAACAAGGGGAAAUUGUUGUAAAGACUGAUCUUAUUCCAGUUUCAGAGCAAAUGCACCUUUUCAGGGAAGUUAUGAAGAGCCUCAGUUAUAUGGUUCAGGUUCUGCUAAAUGCUGUUGGAACAUCAAAAUGCAGAAUUCUCCAUUUGCAUUCUGUAGACCAUUUGAAGGUUUCUUUCUAACUGGUCACCGGUCCCUAUAAUGCCCUCUGUAUUUGCAUUAGCCUUUCUUUCUUUCGUUCUUUUUUCAAUUUUGUUUUUUAAUGUGGGUCAUUAUAGUGUGGGCACUUUUAUAAUUGGUGAAGGAUUAAUAGUUGCAAGCAACAGUGCAACACUAUAUGAUAUUUGCCAUACAUUUUUGCUCGUUCUUUCUUUACAUCUCAAUACUAUCUGCCUGAUUGAUAUUAAA